AUGACUCAACUCAGUGUGCAAAAGGGAAAGACUGUCACUCUGGACACACAUAUAGCUGGACUCCAGACUGACGACGAAAUACUGUGGAUAUACAAUGAAUGGAUGUUACUGCAGGUCCAUCGGGGGAAAUUACGAAGAACUUCGUUAGAUGAGCGGUUUAAAGACAGACUUCAUCUGGACAGAGAGACCGGAUCUCCCUCUGUGAGAGACAUCUCAGUCCACGACGCUGGAGUUUAUCAGUUACGAACCAUCAGAGGAGACAAAGCUGCUUAUCCCAUAACUAUUAAUCUAUACGUUUAUGCUAACAACGUCUCUUGUACGGUGGAGUGUUCUGUGAAGAACGGGAGAGAUGUGACCCUAAGCUGGUCCAAAGGAGAGGAGAGGCUUUACCAGACCAGCAGUCCUGAUCUCUCCUCCAACAUCUCUCUCCAUCUGGAGAUGAAGGACCAGGAUGGAGACACCUACAGCUGUGUGGCUGAAAACCCCAUCAGUAACCAGACAGUCAAACUCCACAAGACAGAGCUGUGCCCAGGUCUUCCUACUAACACCAACUUUUGCAAUCACCCUUGGGAUAUCCUGGUUCCUGGACUCCUGGUGGCUGUGGCUGUGGUUAUGGUUGGGGCUGUGGCAUUAUACAGGAAGUUUAAGUGGAGGAUUUGGAGCGUAAUGAUGGAACUGCAGAGGCCCUACUUCAUGUCCGAGAACCUGCUCACCAUCCUGAACAAGUCCAACGAGGGGACCAAGACAAUGGACUAA